AGUGACAAAUAACUAAACUAAUUCUCUUUUCGUUUGUGGCCGAUUUUUCGUCCGCUGAGAAACAGCAUCUUGUUUUCUGCUAUUUAACAGUUUUUAAUAUAAACCUAGAAAUAAGUGAAUUUGUUUUACAAAUUGAAAUAAAUUUCUUUCUCUCUUCUUAAUUUGAUAUUAUUUUUGUCCUUUUAUUUGCAAUUUCAUAAGGACAAUGUCAGUCUUGAAUAUCAUCAGAUAUAAUUCUAAAGAUAUUCUUAUAAAGGCCAUAAAAACACAGCAAGCUACACUAAGAAGCAAUUGUCUGGUUUCUACACUGCAGAAGCAAAUCUAUGAGCCACUUAAAUUAUCAUCAACAUUUUUCAGAACUUCUUGGACUCCAAUUCAUUCGUCUUCAUCUCACAAGCAAUGUCUUCAAAGCAGUUUACAAUCCAGUCUAACUUCUGUUAGAGCAAUGAGCUCAGACCACAGUCACUCCAAAAUAUGGACAAUAGAAAGGUUUCUUUCUGCUGGUUUAAUUGGCCUCUUACCUUUGUCUCUUGCUUACCCAAAUCCUGCUCUGGAUUAUGCUUUAGCACUUGCAUUGGUUGUCCAUGUUCAUUGGGGUGUUGAAGCUAUAGCUGUUGACUAUCUUAGACCUAGUGUUGUUGGUGCAACACUCGCAAAGGCCUCUGUCUUAGGUGUAUAUGCAUUGUCAGUUAUUACUUUAGGCGGACUAUUUUAUUUCAAUUACAAUGAUGUAGGGCUAUGUCAAGCCAUGAGAAUGCUUUGGAAGUUGUAAUGCUGCAGGUAGACUAUUAUUAGUUUAUGAUGUGCAGAGCUGUAGAUGAAGUGAUACUUUUUGUCAAAGAAUUUAUUCUGUAUGCAGAAAUAUUAUGUUCCCCGUGAACUGAGUUUAUCAGGAAUUUCUUUUUGUGAAAGCAAUAAAGUUAUAAACAAAACUUU